AUGAAGUUCAUUGGCAGACUCGCUCUUCUCCUCACAUCUACGAUGGCUGCCAUUGCUGCAGCGCAGUCGCCGGCGAAUCAGACAUACACCAACCCUGUCAUUCCCGGUUGGCACUCAGACCCGUCAUGUAUCCGUACGCCUGAUGGAAUCUUCCUUUGUGUUGCUUCGACCUUUGUUGCAUUCCCCGGUCUGCCAAUCUACGCUUCACGGAACUUGGUCGACUGGAAACUGGUCAGCCAUGUCUGGAGUCGCGAGUCCCAACUCCCCGGAAUCUCAUGGAGCACCUUCAACCAGAUGGGUGGCAUGUACGCGGCGACCAUCAGGAUGCACGAGGGAACCUACUACGUUGCUUGCGAGUACCUAAAUGCUGAGUCGGUCAACGAGGUGCUCCUCGGUGUUCUCUUCAAAACCACGGACCCCUUUUCCGACGAGGCUUGGAGUGACCCUGUGCUCUUCUACCCGAACCGUAUCGACCCUGACCUCUUCUGGGACGAUGACGGCAAGGUCUACGCCGCAACUCAGGGCAUCGUUCUCCAGGAGCUCAAUAUCGAGACGGGCGAGCUUAGCCAGCCGGCCAUCGAGCUCUGGAACGGUACCGGUGGUGUCUGGCCCGAGGGUCCUCAUUUUUACAAGAAGGACGGCUGGUACUACCUCCUCAUUGCCGAGGGCGGCACCGCAACGGACCACGCAGUCACCAUGGCUCGUGCGCGCAACAUCACCGGCCCCUACGAGCCCAGCCCGCACAACCCACACCUGACCAACCGUGGCACCAACGAGCUGUUCCAGACAGUCGGACACGCGGACCUCUUCCAGGACGGCGACGGCAACUGGUGGGGCAUGUGCCUCGCAACGAGGUCCGGACCGGAGUACAGCCACUACCCGAUGGGCAGGGAGACGGUCCUGUUUCCGGUCACGUGGGAAGAGGGCGAGUGGCCGGUGAUGCAGCCCGUGCGGGGCACGAUGGAGGGCCCGCUUCCGGUCGCGGAGAACGCGCUGGACCUGCCGGGCUACGGACCGUUCGUCACGGCCCCGCAGUCCGUCGACUUCAAGGCGGCCGGCGCGGCCAUCCCGCCAAACUGGAUGUACUGGCGCGUGCCCCGCGACGACACCUUCUCCGUCUCGCAGGACCGGGGGCUCAAGAUCGUCCCGACGCGCAGCAACCUAACGGGUGAGGGCCACCAGGACCACGAGACCAACGGCAUGAGGGGCCUCGGCUUCGUCGGCCGCAGGCAGACGCACACGCGCUUCGACUUUGCCGUCGACCUCGACUUUGUGCCGCUGAAGAGCGGACAGGAAGCCGGCGUGACCGCCUUCUUGACCCAGUACAACCACAUCGACCUCUCCAUCAUCCGCCAGGGCUGCGGCAAGGGCCGAUCCAUCCGCCUGAAGACCGAGAGCCAGGACGUCGGAGUAGAGCCGCCGGCCGAGGUGGUCCAGCCCGUCCCGGAGGACUGGAGCGACACCCUCAGGCUCGAGAUCCGCGCCAUCAGCGCGACGGAAUACGAGUUCUCUGCCGGCCCGGCCGAAGAGGGAGCGGCCAAGGUCACUCUGGGGACUGUGGAAUCUCGGUUUGUCAGCGGUGGGAAGGGGCCGUUUGUUGGUACCCUCGUAGGCGUUUAUGCGACUUGCAAUGGGCAGGGUGAGGGAGAGGUAUGUCCCGAGGACGCCCCGGCUGCUUAUGUCUCUCGCGUGACGUACAAUGGCAUUGAAAAGUAG